GUGUUGUACUUGUUGAAUAUAUUGCAGAUUUUUGUCUUUCCAAAUCUUUUAUGCAACCUUGUCUCCUUUGAUUCAGAUUCUACUUCGUCAUGGCUAGCCAUGGCUUUUAUUCAAAAUCACAGGCUUCAUGCAUUGGCGUGGCACUACUAUUUUGCACGUCUUUAGUUAUUCCUAGUUUUGCAGAGCCUGAAAGGCUUGAACACCCCGCUAAAGGUGAUGGAUCACUUAGCUGUUUGGUGGUUGGAGACUGGGGGAGAAGAGGCUUCUACAACCAGUCUCAUGUUGCUUUUCAGAUGGGAAAGAUUGGGGAGAAACUAGACAUAGAUUUUGUCGUCUCAACGGGAGAUAAUUUCUAUGAUAAUGGAUUAACGGGUCUAAAUGAUCAAGCAUUCGAAGAGUCAUUCACCAAGAUUUACACAGCUACGAGCCUGCAAAAACAAUGGUAUAGUGUAUUGGGAAAUCAUGACUACAGAGGUGAUGUAGAGGCACAGGUACACCCUGCGCUUAGGAUGGUUGAUAGUAGAUGGCUUUGCCUUAGAUCUUUCAUCCUUAAUGCUGAAAUAGCGGGGUUCUUCUUCGUCGACACCACUCCAUUUGUCAACGACUAUUUCACUGACAUGGAUCAUACUUAUGAUUGGCGAGGUGUGACUCCUCGAAAAGCAUACCUUGAUAGCCUUCUUAAGGAUUUGGAAACUGCAUUGAGCGGAUCAACUGAGAGGUGGAAAAUUGUUGUCGGUCACCAUGCAAUCAAAAGUGCUGGGUAUCAUGGAGACACAAAGGAACUCAAUGAUCUACUUCUACCAAUGCUCAAGGCAUACAAUGUUGAUAUGUACGUGAAUGGGCAUGACCACUGCCUAGAACACAUCAGCAGCCUCGAUAGUCCAAUCCAAUAUCUAACAAGUGGAGCUGGUUCAAAGGCAUGGAGGGGAGACCUUAAUCAACACUAUGAGGAGGAUGAUUUGAGAUUCUUCUACGACGGUCAGGGUUUCAUGUCAGUGCAAUUGACCAAGAAUGAUGCUGGGAUUACGUUCUAUAACGCUUUUGGCAAGAUUUUACACGAAUGGAAGGCAUUGAAGGAGCUUCACUCAGCAGUAUAAAGCCAGUUAGCAUAUUUUGUAAAGUAUUUUAGCAACUGGAGACAAUCUGUAAAUAUAUAUGUGCAUGUGUCUUCGGCACUCUCUGUUUCUAAUCGUAGUUAGCUAUGAUCUAUCCAUGUGAUUGGAUAGGGAUGCUGUCAAAUUAUUUACGAAAAAAAGUGUUUGACGUUCAUGAAUCAUGAAUUAAUAGCUUGUUUCAA